UUUGCGCUAAAAGCAACUAAUCAAACACUCCUGGAAUAAGUAGAAGUUGACAAUAAUCUCAAAGGAUACAUUUGUUGAAUCAAUCGAUACAAAACAUAUGCCUUGCGUUACCCUACUGGGAAAGGCUGCAUAGGAUCUGGUCCUGAUUUUUAGGGUAGGUCAGGUUUUUGCUGCUGCUGCAACUGUCUACUUUGUAAAAUAGUUACGACUACAGUAGGUCUACAGCGAUGCCAGGGUUGGAGUCAACGUCGGGACUUGACAGCACUGUCAGAAAUAUUGGACGACUGCCUUCAGACAUUUUCGCAGAAACAUGUCAGCAGAUUCUGGCUCAUCUUCAAGGACAAAACCGUGCAGUAGAUUUGCCUAAAAUCUAUGAUACUUUCCAGAAAGCUGGCAUAGACCUUGAGUGGACAGCCCUGCAAAGCAUCAUCAGAUUGUUAUCAUCUAAUUUCAGAACUGCAGCGAAAAACAAUCUCACGGCUGAUCAGCUGGUGGCCAGGCUGGGUGAAGGCAGCAGGAGCUGGGCCAAGACUGCGCUGCAGGUGGUGCAUCAGCUGUGGAGUGAGCAUGGGCCUCUCGUUCACACCUAUCAGGAAGCCCACGCAAUUGCUAACAUUGGACAGAUGGUGGACAUGCAGUGGAAGCUGGGCAUGGCAGUGAGCUGCGACACGUGCCGGUCCCUGAACUCUCCAUACGUGUCCCUGUUGCUGAAGAUUGCUGACUCCUCCGGCGAAGUGUCCUACAAGUCUUUUGAAAUGUCCGUCCCGCAGUUUCAGAACUUCUACCAACAGUUCAAGGAAAUUGCAGCAGCUCUGGAGACUGUAUAAAGCUUAAGCACUCCAUGUGGCCUUCCCCUGUGUACUGAAAAUGCUUGACUCUCUAUUGACCAAAAUGUUUACAUUCUUCUAAUGUAUUAUUAUUUAUGUGCAUCAUUAAUAAUGUCCUAUGUGUCCUUGUAAAUGUGCUGGGGCCAGGGGGGUAAUUAUACAUUUUGUUUUCUUUUUCUUUUUUAUUAAAACUCAGCUGCUCUCAGCUUUAUAGGUACUGUUACUCACACAAACAACUAUCGAAGAAAGUCUACUAAAUGUCAUGCUUGAUGCUAAACGUAUUACUUGCCAGUGUGUAAAGUAAAUGGAUAAGGAAAUUAAUAAACAAACAACCGAAAACCUU